CGAUUUAUGAAGUCUUGUGAAAGGUCAUUUCCAAGGACCAAUUUCUUUCAGAAAAAAUGUGGCAGCCACAAACCACUGGUUUUAAUUGAUAAAACAGGCUAUCAGCUUUCAGGAAAAACAUGUCUUAAAGCAUGACUUUGCGUUGAAAGGCAAAUAUCUUCAUUUUUCACCAACAUAUAAAAUUUAUGAUCAACACAUUGCUAUUCUUUCUGUCUCCUCCCAACAAAAGUGAAAGUGAUCGGGUAGUCGAAUCUAGAGUUUUUGUAUAGUCCAAGGCCUGCUCUACUAAAAUAAAAUCUUCUUAAGAGAUGAUUUCUACCGCAGAGGCUCAAAAAACAUAUGUUUUUAAGGGAAAUUUGAAGCACGUGCAAUGGUGGCCAUUAUGAAUCGCUUGCGGCAGAAAAUUUGAUAACAAAUAAUGGCGCAUGCGCACACUUUUUUUCCUGCCGUUAAUGACCGUGCUGUCAUUGCGUAGAGACAAAAAUUUGUGAUGCUUAUCCAGAGCCUGACGGGGUAUACACAGGAUAUAUGGAAGGGCGUGAAGUUUCUAAAAAUGAGUUAACAUAGGUUUUCCAUGAUGCCGAAAAUGUAUUUUAACUUAAUUAAAAAAAUAAAAAAAAUAAAAAUGUACAAAUUACAUAAAAUAAAAAGUAAAACAAAAUUAUGUCAUUCAUGAGUAUUUAAUUGAGUUUUCAAAAAUAUCCUCUCUACAGGGCCUUUUGGCAGGGGUAAUGAAGGCUCGUUUUUUUUCCCGGACGGCAAUUACAGGUGCCUAUCACCUACCAACUAUAUUUACCCAUAAAAUCACGUGACUUAGUCUUCUUUAGCAACAAGACAGUACAUUUUUUCCCUUUCCUUUUCACCUCGCUAAUAAUCUUUCGUGGUUUGUUAUCAAUCACUAACCAAAUCUGUUAAGCAUGGUCAACAAACAAAUCGAGAAAGAAUUAUUUAGAGGUAACCCUUUCGUUAUAAACAGACCCUUCGUAAUGACUGACCGCUUACGCCAGGUCGGGUUGUUUUGAUUCUAUCACGGAUCAAUUUCACUACCCGAGCAGAAAGCGGUAUAAGAAACAAGGCCUGUGCGUCUGAUGAAGUAGCCCUUGUUUCUUAGGUCAUCCCUUUACCCACACAACAUCCUUUCUUAAUACGAAACUUCGAAUCCUCCACUGGAGAGUAGGGACAUCCAAUCAAAAAACAUGUUUACAAUAUGAAAAAGAAAAUAUUUUUAAAGCUAAUUAGAAUUGUGAUAGCGGAACAACUUCUUAAUAAUUAAUUUCAUAUAGAAAUCUCGCUUCGUCGUUUUCAUGCUGCAAGACGGUGUGGUUUUGGCUCUUGUGACGUCAGGAGGUAUCCUGAUGUUUUUUUCAAGAUUUUGAAGCGCGUUUUUAAUGCUGCAAUAAUGGCGGUCGAAGCACAAGGUGAAUUAACGGAAAGGCAGUCAUUGCCCCAUUUUUUAAAUAAUCUCUCAGAUGAAGAUAUCGUUACACUCCGUUGUAAGUUUAAUAUCAGAACACCAAAUAUGGAAUCAAGGGUUCAAAGUCAUAGGCUUAAACAUCAAAACAAACCCCACGUGCGCGCGGGAAAAUCAUAUCAUCAAGGAAAUUGAGUUAGUACAUAUUUGAAGCUAGUCCAUUUUUUGAAAUAUUAAAAAUUAUAUAUAAAACGUUUAUUUACUUUGUGCUGGGUGCUUGUUCUCGGCUAAACUAUUUGUUGUAGAUAGUUUGUGGAAGAAUUAGUUAUGGAAAUAGAAAAAACAGGUGAGAAAAACUGUAUUUUCUUUAUGAAAGUUGUCUCGCCAAAUGUUUUACCUUUUUUUCAAUGAGUGUUUUCUUGUUUGUAGAAGAAUCAAGUUCGAACGUUAUCGGGGAGAAGCUUUUAUACAAAGCCAGUAUAAGGGAAACUAGCGAAGAAUUAGGUAAGGUCUCUAAAAUGUAAUUUUUUACUUCAUAGACACUGUCACAAAAUGUUUUAGUCUUUUAAAAAUAUUUUUCACAAGGUUGCUUGAAGCAAAAUAUAAACAAAGCAAAGUACUCAAUAAUCGGUGAGUGAGUAAGAUGAGUAAAGUAUCCUUAAUGUUAAAAAGUAAUCGCCAAACUGUUUCCAAUAUACAGUAUUAUACACUUUUUUUUAGUUGACAGUUCUUCGGAAUAUGAAUGCAACACAGAGCUAAAUAAAAUAUUUUCAGAUGUUGAAAAAGAAGUUUCUAGUAAGUUAUGUAUGCACUUCCCAACUACCUUUCGUAUUUGUAAUACGUCUAGAAAGUAGCGUCCUUGCGAGAAAAUAAGUAAAAAAUUCUGAGUUUUUAGGCAAGGCACGUUUUUAUUAUUUUAGAGCAAACUAAAAGAUACAAGCGCAGAAGAGAAAAGAAGCUUCAAGCACUUUAAGAUGAAGUUAUAAUUACCCAUGAUAAAAGAUCGGGUAAGUAAAAAAUACGAUAGAGAUAAAUGUUUUAAAUGAUAAAUAUUUUCCUUUUAUUCUAACCUUUUUACUCAUGUUUUCAGAUUCACCUGCCGAAAAGCAAAGUGAUGGAAUUAAUACGGAAUUCCCUGAAAAGGUCAUCACAGAAAAUGUAACCACCUUUCAAUGUGAUGAAUGCGACGCAAACUAUACACGCAAAAAUAAGUUAAAAGCGCAUAUGUUGAAGAAACAUAACACUACGUUAACUGAUCAGGGUAAGCGUUCAAAAUGUACAUUCCCUGGUUGUGAAGAGACUUUUUACCACAAAAGUAGAAUGAUAUCACACCUAAACACAUUCCAUGGUACGAAGACAAACGUUCGUAACUUGGUAUUUGAGGACGAACAGAUGUUCAUGGAAUGGAAAGAAAUAGAAGAAUUAGAUAAACACAUAUAUUUUUCAAAACACAGAGGGGAUGGCGACUCUAAAUUAACGAAAUACGCUUAUUACGUUUGCCAGCAUGACGGGGACGGAAGAUCGCAUAGAAAAGAAGGUGAACCAGCUCAAAAAACAGAGAAAAAAUUUAAACGCGGUCAGAUUAAAACAGGACGCUUUUGCCCAGCUAGAUUGACCUGUCACAUGGACAAAGUUAAUAAAGAAAUUAGAGUAGAGUAUAUCACAUCUCAUAGCCACGCAGUCAAUUUAGAAAAUACUGUUUUUCAACCCAUACCAUCAACCAUCCGCCAGGAAAUAAAGGCAAAACUGUCUAUUGGUAUACCAGUCAACGAAGUAUACAAGGAGUUACGUGACGGGAUGUGUAACCGUAAUACCAGGGAAAACAACUCAAAAAUAACGCGGGUACAUCUGGUCAGUAAGAGCAAUGUUACUGACAUAAAAAGACACAUGAAAUACGGUAGAAGGCUACACCCUGAUGACAGCACAUCAACUCACUUGUUGGUGAAAAAAUUAGAAAUGGAAAAUUACAACUGUAUUAUUGUGUAUAAGCCACAGGGACAGUCAGUUGCUAUUGGGCCAAAAAUGUACGAUGAUAUCGAUAUCAAAAAGGAUCUCUUUGCAAUCGGAAUUCAAACAAGGGAACAGCUGGAAAUGUUCAUUAAGGUUGCAAACAAAGUACAUUGUAUAGAUGGCACCCACAGCACGAACAAGUAUGAGUUCCCAUUGACAACUGUGAUCGUGCCGGAUGAAUUUAAUAAAGGUUAUCCAGUGGGUUGGUUGAUAUCCAAUCGAAAUGACGAAUUAACUCUCCGACCAUUCUUAGAAGAAAUAAAAAGCAGAUCUCCUGACGACUUCACAGUUAACUGUUUGAUGACAGACGAUAAUAAUUCCGGAUGGAACGCAUUUUCUGCUGUUUUUGGAGAAACUAAGCACCUUCUGUGUAAGUGGCACAUAACCCGGGCUUGGCGCAGGAAUCUGAAAUUAGUUCCAGAAAGCCAGCAAGAUAAAGUAAUGCAACACCUUUUGGUUAUUUUAAAUGAAAAAGAUGCUUCACAAUUUGAAAUUCUGCAAAGGGGAUUCCUCAAAAAAUGUUCUGUAAUUGCUCCUGCUUUUGCCAAGUACUUUCAGGACCGCUAUGUUCGAAGGGCCGAAAAAUUGGCGAUGUGUUACAGGCAGUUUGAACAUUGCAACACAGAUACUAAUAUGUUUGUUGAAUCGUUUCAUAACAAACUGAAAACAUUCGUUAUGGAAAGAAAACCGAAUAAAAGAAUUGACGACCUCAUCAAUUUGCUGCUAACCAUUGAAGAAGAGGACUAUUGGCGUAGAAAGAGAAGCCUGACUUAUUACGGAAAUUUAAAAAAUAUUUCUAUUGAGGACUCAAGGCAUACCAAAGGUUUAAACAUAUCAGACGCUAAAGUGGAAAAGCUGUCAGAAAGUGAAUGGACAGUACAGUCCCAAAGUCGCGAUGGAUGUCAGUACAACGUGAGGAUGCUGGAAAACAAAUGCACCGACAACGAUUGCUUGGAUAGAUGCCUGGAGCUACCAUGCUUUGGAUUGUGCGCUCAUUUAUAUUCCUGCAAUUGUCUGGACACAGAAUUGAUAUGCAAACAUAUUCAUAAAGUCCAUUCACUAGUGGUAGCAAUAUAUACAUCUGACGUCAAGACCGCUAAAGUUCCAACUGCGUUAUCAACGGAGGACGAGGAAUUCGCUUUUGUGGAACCUAUCGCAACAACUCCACAAAAAAUAGGAAGAUCUGAAAUUGAGAAAUAUGAAGAGAGCAUAGUGAAAUUAGGAGAACUCGUUCACAACCCUGUUGUUGCAUCAUUACGCUUACCCAACAUCAACAAACAACUGCAAGACAUUAUUACGCAGUGCAAAGCUGUAGCAAUGCUUUCCGCUGAUUCCGUUGACUCUAUGGCUGCUUUAACACCUAUUUACAGCGAAACAGAACGGGAAAUUAGUCCUAAUGAAAAACUCGACACACAGUUGCGUCCUGGGCGUUUUGAAAAGACCAAAAAGGUUCCACUAAAGCGAAGAAGUAAUUAUUCAUAUCCGUCUUACGAGAAAAAACAGAUUAUUGUGGAUGGCAUUAAAUCUAACACCUACAUGAAUGUACCUACAGUUGUUCCAGUACCAUUGGAAAAACAAACACCUACCGUUCAAUCAUCUAAAAACAUCAAAAAAAAUCAACCUCCAACAAAAGCAUCGGCUUGUCAACAAUUGUCGUUAAAAAUAAUUCCCCUAACCCUAAUGUCACGCCCAGGGUGUCGGGGUUUGACGAUAUGCGAAUACCAUUGCUGA